CGGGCGGAGAGGCGGCGGCGGGACUCGAACCCGCGACCUCCCGCUUCCCGCCGCGAGGGAGAGGGCGCGCCCCGCUCCGUCGUCACGUGACGAGGGCGCGCCACCUCUCCGCGUCACGUGAGGGGGGCGCCUCCGGCGCGCGCCGGAAGUGUCGUAGCGCGGCGGCGGCUGCGGUGCAGGCAGGCAGCCAGGGAGGCGGCCGGGCGGGCGCUGUGCCGCUAUCGCCGGGCCGCCCCCCGCCUUCCCCCGUCCCCUUCCCCCGGUCCCCGCCGCCGCCAUGGGUGCCAGCGGCUCCAAGUCCCGGGGGCUGUGGCCUUUCGCCUCCUCGGCGGCGGGCGGCGGCGGAGCCGAGGGCCCCGGCGGGCAGCAGGCCCUGGCCCGGGCGCGGGGCGGGCGCGCCGCCACCCCCUUCGUCUUCACGCGCCGCGGCUCCAUGUAUUACGACGAGGACGGGGAUCUUGCCCACGAGUUCUACGAGGAGACAAUCGUCACCAAGAACGGGAGGAAGCGUGCCAAGCUGAAGAGGAUCCACAAGAACCUGAUACCUCAGUGCUGUGCCGCCCUGCUACAUCCCUUUCCACAGAGGAGCAGUGCCCGCUGCGUGGUGCUGUCGGGCAGAGCAGACGGACCCUCUGGAUUUGUGCUGCAGGCUGUGAAGUGCCUGCCCAUGACAUCCUGACACUGAGCACCUUCCCUCUGGUGUGGGUGCCGGCACAGCAGUGUCACGUUGUCACAGAGUUGCUGGGAGCAGCAGCCAGAGCCUGUCACGUGCUAAUGAGAGCAUGCCCUCAGCAGUGACAGCGGUGCUGCCACCGAUGGGUUCUGCGUAUUGGGUUGCUUGGGAUUUGGUCUCCUUUUAAAACAAGUGAAUGUGAUGAAGCCAGGCAGGGGUUGGAACACUGGUUGAGGUACAGGAGAGGGAUAAGUCAGUGUAGGGGAGCUUCUGGGGGUGUAAGUGGAGAGCAGGGAGAUGGAGCCUGUCAGCAGAGGCAACCUGCAGAAGUCUGCGAAGCAGGGAAGGCAUGGCCCCAACCUGAGCCCAGGGGGAGCUGUUGGUGCACUCCGUGCAGCAGGACAGGCUCUGCUGCUCUCACGGAGGAGGGUAGGGAUGUGGAGUUGCAUCCCAUCCCUCCUCUGUGCGGGUUCAAACCCCUGUGGUUAGACAGCAUGGCCCAGCUGGAGUGAAGCACAGAACGUCCCUUCACUGGCCCAGGCUUUUCUUUGUUUUUUUUUUCCUAAACCUGCCAAGCAAACGUGCACUGCUCACCCUGGUGAGCACAGAGCCCCGCUCACACUGCUGUCUCACAAGCGUGUCCUCGCAGUGCUGUGACAGGAGAUUGCUUGCCCCGGAGCAUGGGAAAGGCGCCUGUAGCUGGCAUGGAUGGAGCGUGCAUUCAGCAGUGUCCCCUUGGACAGAAAGCUGCUUUUCUCACGCGCCAGCUGCCCUCACUGCAUUUUCUCAGAGAGCUCUUUUCAUUCUUUUAAAUCCCGUGAAUGAAAGGUGCCAAAUGAAAAGCCGGGGCAGCCAAUAUCUGCCAGUCACGCAUCAGCUGCCGCACGGGCAGUGCCUGGCAGAGCAGCUCCCUCCUUCCUCGCCCGGCUGCACUCCAGACCCGUCGUGUGCGGCAGCAGCCGCGCCUCCUGUGCCUCCCCAGGGCCAAGGGCAGAGGGCAGAGCGCUUCUGCGCUGCCUCUCUGAUGUCCUUGCUGCCAGGGCGGCCGCUCAGACCUUUUCCUUGAGGGCAUGUUGCCCUCAGGAUGGCGCCGCGCAGAGCUUUGUUUGCCUGAGAGUGCUUGUUCUGUCCCUGCGCCACCCUCCUGUCCACCACUCAUCCUCUUC